AUGCAGUAUGACGCUACGUCGUCGACGACCAUCACUCUGCCGUCGCCCCAAAUCUCACCGACACCGAAUACCAAGUCGCGCCUUAUGAAGCAGUACGUUGUCCAGAGGACGCUCGACAAGCACGGGCGUGUCCUCCUCUGCAAAGACAAGGCAACCAAGUCGCUGGUCGUGCUCAAGCACCACGCCAGAGAUCGUCGUAGCCUUCCCAUCGACGACGAGGCGGCGGUGCAUCGCGCCGUGCCAACCAACGUCGUACAUGUGCACCUGCUUCGGCUCCUCGAUUCGUUCGAGGACUGUGGCAACACCUGGCGCCGCGCCCAAUCGGCGUGGCGGCGCCUCUGGUCGUGGUCCGACUAG